AUGUCUCUUCCAGAAUUAGUUCUCGUCAUUGUUAUAUUGAUUGGAUUGACAGCUCUUUACAUCGGUGUCAUGCAAUUUUACUACAUCGAUUUUGUCCUACCCACUGAUCCACUGGGUAUCAGUGAUGAUCUCUAUUAUGAACUAAGCGCCAUUAUUAGCACAUCCACUACAACUGUACUCCUUUUGUCACUAGUCUCUACACCGAUCGCAUGUCUAUGCUCGGCAACGAACAAUCGCUUGGCUUUGCCGAUUCGAUUACUGAUCACAGCUGAAAACGCGAACAAGCUCGUCUACGCGAUCUUCUAUGCAGCUCAACUAUUUUGUGGUUCAGUGGAUGCAUGGGGGCCAGGUCCAACUGGAAGAUGUUCUGAUGAAAUCACUGGAACAUUCUAUGAUGGUUAUUUCCUUCUUUCUGGUACAUACAAAUUGAUGGACAUCGCUCAAUACUGUCAAAUGCUCGUUUCGUUAAGUCGUUUCCUUGCCGUCUCCUUUGACGGUCAAUACUUUGGAUACACUCUGAAAUGGCCACUCGUUCAAAUGAGACGAGCUGGACAUUCCCCAUCAAGGGCGGAAAGUUUGCUGAUGAUACAAAUGGUCACCAACUCGUCUUUCAUUUUAACGAACACGAUCGUUGUGUAUUUUCUUCAAAAGAUCAUCAGCCUAUAUUUCGAUUGGAAAAUUUACUACACGUAUUCGAAUUUUCAACAGCAAUUCCUUGCGGCAUUUUUAUUCAAUUUAAUGGCCAGUGUCAUCUGUAUUUUGUUUUUGGUGAAGAGAAAAGAGAAAACAUCACAGAAAACCACUAUUGUCACUGUUGUCUCGUCUUCGUUUACACAAGAACGA